GCGCGGCGCUCCGGAAGUGACGCCACCGGAAGGGGCGCUCAGGGCCGCGCCAUGGCCCGAAAGGUGGUUGGGAGGCCGCCGGAGGAAACACUGUCUCUCUGGAAACGGGAGCAAGCCCUGUUGAAGACACUUGUCGUGGACCGGGACACGGAGGCGUGGCAGCGGGACCCCGCUUUUUCGGGUCUGCAGAGGGUCGGGGGCGUGGAUGUGUCCUUUGUGAAGGGCGACAGUGUCAGCGCCUGCGCCUCCCUGGUGGUGCUCAGCUACCCUGAGCUCGAGGUGAUGUAUGAGGACUGUCGCAUGGUGAGCCUGACAGCCCCCUACGUGUCAGGCUUCCUGGCCUUCCGAGAGGUGCCCUUCCUGGUGGACGCGGUGCAGCAGCUGCGGGAGAAGGAGCCCCGCCUCAUGCCCCAGGUCCUUUUUGUGGAUGGAAAUGGGGUGCUCCACCACCGAGGCUUUGGGGUAGCCUGCCACCUUGGUGUCCUCACAGACCUGCCCUGCAUCGGGGUGGCCAAGAAACUCCUGCAGGUGGAUGGGCUGGAGAACAACGCUCUGCACAAGGAGAAGAUACGGCUCCUGAAGGCUGGAGGAGACUCAUUUCCUCUGAUGGGAGGCUCCGGGACCGUCCUGGGCAUGGCCCUGAAGAGCCACGACCACAGCACCAAGCCCCUCUAUGUCUCUGUGGGCCACAAGAUGAGCCUGGAGGCAGCCGUGCGCCUGACCCAUGGCUGCUGCAAGUUUCGGAUCCCGGAGCCCGUGCGCCAGGCUGACAUCCGCUCCCGAGACUACAUCCGCAGGACCCUGGGAGUCCAAGGGGCCCCUGCCUUGCAGCCGGAAAGGAGCAAGAAGGCACAGAGGCCAAAGGCAUGCCCCCAGGGAGUCUGAGAAGAGCCCGCAGGUUCUCCAUCUCUGAGAGCAUUUUCUGCCAAGGAUGGGAAUGAGCCCCAUCAGAAGAAAUGGCCCAAACUCCAACAGAGAAUUUGGGGAAGAGGAAAGGAAGCGCUUUGGGGGGUGGGAAGUCAAAAGAUGAAGGGAUUGUGGGACCCACCCUUCCCCUUGGGCAGGAGGGGCAGGGCAGCUUCUCCUGCCUCCUGGACUUGGAGAUCUUGGGGGUCUGAGGUGCAGGGGGGCCUGCGAGCCCUCAAGGAGAUGGGGUGUUCAUGA